AUGGAAGCAUUGAUGAAGAGAUAUGGUGUAAUGCACAAAGUUGCCACUACUUAUCACCCUCAAACCAAUUUUCAUUCUGAGGCUUACCAGACGGUUUAUAACACCCCAUUAGGGAUGGGUCCCUUUUGGAUCGUCUAUGGUAUGACAUGCCACUUCCCAGUUGAGAUAGAGCACAAAGCAUAUUGGGCAGUUAAGCAGUACAACAUGGACUUUACACAAGCGGGUGAUGAGGUUCUCUUCUACAAUUCAAGACUCUAUCUCAUGCCGGGCAAGCUUUGUUCAAGAUGGAAUGGUCCUUAUAAGGUUAAGGAAGUGAAGCCCUAUGGCGUAAUGAAGCUCUUUCAUCCUCAAAGUGGAACCACUUUUAAAGUGAAUGGUCAUCAGGUGAAGCGUUAUCAUGGCUAUAAAUCACAGAAGGAGUUAGAGGUGUAUCUUCUCAUGGAUGCUCUUGUCUAA